AAUUUCCAAAAUUUUCGGUAAUAGCACCGGUUCAUAAGCCCUCCCCGGGAUCCGUGCAUAAGUGCAUAGUGCAGCCAAAACAUUAUCAUCCGAUAACGAUACUCCCGAUAAGGCCUCUAUCAAUCCCUUCUCAAGAGGACGGCGGCAUCGAUGGGGUCUUUAUCUCGCGAGUGGCUCGGCUUCCAGCAGUUCCCUCCCGCCACGCAAAACAAACUCGUUGAAUUGUUUGGAAAAUUAAAGCAAGAGAACUUGAACAGUUUGACCAUUAUUGUUAUGGGCAAAGGUGGUGUUGGAAAAUCUUCGACUGUGAAUUCUAUAAUUGGGGAACGAGUGGUCACAGUCAAUGCAUUCCAGCCAGAGCAGCUAAGACCUACUAUGAUUUCACGUACACGGGCAGGAUUCACAGUGAACAUUGUUGAUACUCCAGGGCUUGUGGAGGGUGGCUAUGUCAAUUACCAAGCUCUUGACUUGAUCAAAAGGUUUCUUUUGAACAAGACCAUUGAUGUUUUGCUUUAUGUAGACCGCUUGGAUGCUUAUAGAGUGGAUGACUUGGAUAGGCAGAUCAUUAAAGCGAUCUCUGAUGGUUUUGGGAAAAAUAUUUGGCGCAAAAGUUUGCUUGUUCUUACUCAUGCACAGCUCUGUCCACCAGAAAAAUUGAGCUAUGAUGUGUUUUCGUCAAAAAGAUCAGAAGCUCUGCUAAAAACUAUUAGAUUGGGAGCUCGAAUUAGGAAAAACGAAUACAAGGACUUUGAUACUCCCGUAGUUUUGGUCGAGAAUAGUGGAAGGUGUAAUAAAAACGAGAAUGAUGAAAAGAUUCUUCCUAAUGAUGAGGCUUGGAUUCCAAACUUGGUCAAAGUGAUCACAGAUGUUGCAACAAAUGGGAAGAACAGUAUUAUAGUCGACAGGAAACUGGUUGAAGGGUCCGACUCAAAUGACAAGGGGAAAAUGUUCAUACCUCUCAUUAUUGGGGUUCAGUUUCUUGUGGUGAAAUGGAUACAAGCAGCAAUUAAUAAUGAUAUUGCAAAGGGGGGAAGGUCUUUGUAAUUGCUGCUCGAUAUGGGUCUGAAUAACUGCAAGUUUCUGGUGCGAUACUUGAGAUGCUCCCUUUUCUUUUCUUUUUUUCAUUUGUGUUUUCCUCACCGUUUGUCUUCAAUCUUAAGCAAUCUGAAUAUUUGGUCUUUAGUUGUUUGUUUGACUUCUGAUAAGUUGUACUAGUUUAGGUCAGUACCAUCUGCCAAAAGGAUGGUAGGGAGUAGAGUUUGUUCUCUUCUGUCGACGUGUUUGUCGGGAAUUCCUUUUUUCUAUUUUCUAUUUUCCAUUUCUGCUUUUGUAUCUUUUCUUUCCAGUGUUCCUUUUGCAUCUCAUAAACUGCUUUGAUGGGAAAAAUCUGAGAAUGGAGUUUUGUCAAUACUGCUAUUGCUAUUACUGCUGUGGGCUUUACUACCACAUUUCCAAUUUUA